UCGAAAUCCUAACCCAAAGGCCAGCGUCGUAAGGCGAAAAAACGCACAAUUUCCCAGGAUCGCGGAGUGUUUUUCCAAUUUUCCAGGAUCGGAGGGGCCCCGAGUGGAAACCGGCCGGAUUUCCCCCGUUGGCGAAAAGCGUACCCGGACCGCGGACAAAGCCCGAGCCCGUUGUUUCCCCAGGUGAAAAAAAUGGCUGGAAAGCCAUAGUUUUUUCCCCCCUUGACUCUGCUUGCGUUUUCCCGACCCGAUUUGACCGUAUGAGUUAGCCCCGGUUUCCCUCGAAUUUUCCCCCCUUUGUUUUUUUCAUUUAUUUCCUUUCCACCCCUCGUCUCACGGUUUUCCUCCCCCGGCCGGGGAGUGGGAAAAUCCUCGGGUCGAAGGAAACAAGGACACUUUCCAUCUGAACUGGAGGUGUUUUAAAUGCUAUUACGAUGCCUCAUGACAUCGUAUAUCCACAAGGGUGCCGCCCUGUUUCUGAGGACCUCGGUGCCGACGAGCUUAUACGGCGGCUUAAGACGUUGGCACACACCUUGCAGGCAAUGGGGCAGGACGAGGGCAUGUACCAGCAGUACAUCCCCCUUGCCCUGCAUCUUGUCGAUGAUUAUUUCCUCUCCCAUGAAAGUCGAGACGUGCAGCUUCUCAUCGCGUGCUGCAUAGCGGAUGUAUUGAGGGUCUACGCACCUCAGGCGCCGUACAAGGAGCAGGAGAAAGUCAAAACAAUUUUUUUGUUUUUGAUCAAGCAGCUUUCAGGGCUGAAAGAUCCGCGGGAUCCCGCAUUCAAGCGCUACUUCUACCUACUUGAGAACCUUGCAUAUGUCAAGUCUUUCAAUAUGUGCUUCGAGCUGGAAGAUUGUCAGGAGAUUUUCUGCAAUCUGUUCAGCCUUAUGUUUAAGAUAGUAAAUGAUGAACACUCGGGAAAAGUGAAAAGCUUUAUGCUCGAUGUCCUCUGCCCUCUGAUCACUGAAUCAGAUAUCGUAUCAAGUGAACUGCUUGACAUCAUACUCAUCAAUAUCGUUGAGCCACAAAAGAGCCAAAGGAAAAACGCAUACCUCCUCGCGAAAGAGCUGGUCGUAAAAACCUGCGACACUCUCGAGCCUUAUAUCCAAAUGUUUUUCAACAAUGUCCUGAUAAUUGGCAAGGUCGAAAAGGGGCUGCGCAUAUCGUCAAAGAUAUACGACUUGAUUUACGAGCUGAAUAAAAUAUGUCCGGCUGUACUCUUGGCCGUUUUGCCUCAACUCGAGGUGAAGCUGAAGUCGUCCGACGAGGAACAACGGCUCGGCGCGGUGAGCCUUCUCGCGCGUAUGUUCUCAGAGAAGGACUCGACCCUGGCCAAGACCCAUCAGCAGCUCUGGACGGCGUUCCUCGGCCGUUUCAACGACAUAAACGUUUUUAUCCGUAUCAAGUGUGUACAGUAUUCCAUGCAUUUUCUCCUAAAUCAUCCUGAACUGAGAAGGGACAUAACCGAGACCCUUAAAUUGAGACAGCACGACUCAGAGGAGAAUGUGCGAUACGAGGUGGUAAUGGCUAUCGUCUCGACGGCAAAAAGAGAUUUUGAAGUCGUCUCGGAAAGCGAAGAUCUUUUAGAAUUUGUCAAAGAAAGGAUGCUCGAUAAAAAAUUCAAAAUUAGAAAAGAGGCGAUGACAGGGCUUGCGAUGAUAUACAGGAAGCAUCUGAGCGAUUCAGACGUCCCGCAGGCGACAAAGAAAGCGGUGACCUGGAUUAAAGAUAAAAUUUUACAUGGUUACUACAUGACUAGCAUGGAAGACCGCCUGCUUGUUGAAAGACUGCUGAACACUUCGCUAGUCCCGUUUCAGCUUUAUCCAGAAGAAAGGAUGAAAAAAUUGUAUUACCUGCUCGGCACGAUCGACGAUCACGCUACCAAAGCCUUCCUCGAAAUACACAAACAUCAACUUGUGGCUAGACGUAGUGUGGCCGAAUGGCUCGAAAUGCACCGUAAACCUCCGUCAGAAGAGCGAGACAAGGAGAUGGUGACGAAAGUACAGCAGCUCUCCAAGUUCUUCCCCGACACGGUGAAAGCGGCAGAGUUCCUCAAUAAGUUUUCACAGAACAUGCUCAAAGACAGUACGCUCCUCCUCGGCAUGGAGACGGUAGUCAAGCCUGACAUCUCUUGCAAAGAGUGUGCAGAGACGACAAGCCUUUUAUUAAAAAAGCUCGGCCAGCCUGUCAUGUCCAACCUGUAUUAUAAUACGAUAAAAAUCCUUCUCGAAAGGGUCUCUUCGGUAAUGGUCGAUCACCAAGCAAUUAAAAUACUCAUUGGAUACGUAGAAGAUUGCUUGCGCGGUGGCAAUCUGACAGAAGAAAUCGGCCUCCAUCCUGACACGGCUGGUCAGAGGGGUCUCAAAAUCCUCGUGAUGAUGGCGUACGUUUUCCCGACUCAUUUUCUUUACCCGGACAUCAUCGCUCAUCUCAUCUCCCUCCUCCAAAUGGAGGUGGACAACGUCGGGCCGCUAGUCAUGGAAGUACUGACCUUUCUCGGAAAGUUCCGUCCACUUUCUGAACAGUUUCCUGACGAGAUGAACCAAUUGCUUCCUAUUUGUGAAGAGUUCGCAGUCAACGGAACGCCGAAGCAGGCCAAACAGGCGAUCCGUUGCCUGUACGUCAAUCUCGGUGAGCACAACUCGCUCUUCAACGACAUACUAACCAAAGUUAAGGCAAACCUGGUGCCAGAGUCAGGCAACUACCUCACUGCCAUAGUGGCGCUAGGCCACAUAGCACAGAACUUACCUGACAAAUUUCCAGUCCACAUCAAAGUCGUAAUUUCACGGAAAAUUGUAAAAGAGCUGCUGGUGAAAAGUUCCGAAACAGAGACCACUGUACCGCUUGAUGCGUGUUGGUGCGAAGAGGACCAACUCCCUUUUGAGAGCAAAUGCAAAGUUGAAGCACUCAAGGCGAUGGCGAGGUGGCUCCUCGGCCUCAAGACGGACACUCUCUCGGCGCAGAAGACUUUCCGAAUGCUCACGGCUUUCAUCGCGAACAAAGGCGACCUUCUCCAAUGCGGUAAACUGAGUAAAGCAGAGAUGGCCUGGCUCCGUCUCACGGCCGGCUGUGCUAUGCUUAAAAUCUGCGAGCAGAAGGGCGUCGGCGAUCAGUACUUCGCCGAUCAGUUUUACACGCUAUCCACAUUAGCAAAUGACGAGGUUCCGCAAGUUCGGGAGAAAUUCCUUUUCAAACUGCACAAAGGCUUGGCAAGGGGGUUGCCGAGUAAGUGCCUACCGCUCGAUUUCAUGGGCUUCUAUUCGCUGUACGGUAUGGAGAAAGACAAGAAGCUCAAGGCGAAAUCGAAACAGUUCAUGGUGGCCGACAUCGCCAAAAGGCGAGAAUACGCCAAGGGUAUCACAAUGGGCUGUAUAGGCGGAACUGACACAGCACUUGAGAAGCUAGGUUACAUCCUUCCAGAUUACAUGGUUUUGUUUUCAAUCGCUGUACUUUCUCAUUGUCCACAGUUCUCUUCAAUAACCGACACCGAAUCUUUACAGUUGAUGAAGUCCUGUCUCUGGCAUGUAUUAGAGCCUCUCCUGUCAAAGAACGAUUUCUACUCGUUCUCAUUCUACAAGGACAUAAUAGACAAGACGAAACUCUCAAAGGACGCUCUCAACGUCGACAACGAAGUCGCGAACCAGAAAAUCUGGGCUCUGUGCGAUUUGGCCAUGGCGCUCCUGCUUCAGAAGACGACUAACUUCGAUUUCAAGGAGAUCCCGCCUGUCACAAGGAUACCUCGUCUAUACUUCAAGAGAGUCGACGACCCUCUCUUUGUAAAUAACCACAUGUACAUUCCCGCGGAAUUCCAAUAUAAGGGGCCACUUUCGUCGAAGAGUUCAUCCACCUCGUCUGCACCGUCUGCACAGGACCAGCACCAGCAAGGGAAAAGGACAAGGAAAAGACCCGUGAAGGGCAUCGGCCCUAACGAAACGGACGCAGAGCCUGCAUCUGCAUCCGAUACACAAAUAGUGCUUUUAGCUAUGGAUGAAGGGUCUGAUGAUAAUGAACCGACAUCGAGGCCGAAAAGAAAAAAAGCAGAAAAGAAGUGAAGCUUUUGUCUGGGAUAUAAAUGGGGAGGGGGGGAUCUUCAAUAUUUAUUUUUGUAUAAAAGGAGAGAGAUAGGGGGGAUUGGGAAAGGACUGAUAAGCAUCUUAUUUCCCUUCUGUUUUUAUUUUAAUUUUAAUUGUUAAUGAAUUUAGUUAAUUUUAAGGGUUUUUUUGUUUGUAAUUUUUAUUUUAAUUUUUUAAAUUUUGAGAACAUGCUGCAAAACUAAAAUUGGGUGAUAAUCAGUCCAAU